AUGUCGCCGCCCAUGUCUCCCGUCGACAACAAGCUUGAACCUCCUCCCGUUGGCGUUUCAGUCGUCGAAGUCAAUCCGUCGCUGAGCAGCCGCGAUGGACCUGUGCCAGACUCUUCAGGUUUGACGCCCGCAGAGCAAUGGCAACCGGGAUUCCGCAAGCGAUUUCCCUGGGUCGGCUUCGGAUGCCUCGUCAUGGUCGUGGUCUUCUCGAUCGUAGCGAUUGUGGUUUUGAAAGAGUCCAACGACAGACCUGUCUCAUCGUGGCCGCAGAAGAUGGCUCCCAACGUCGUCUUGUCCGUAUGCAACAGCGGUGCCAGCGUCUGUAUCGCCAUCGCCGUGGCACAGGGCAUUGCCGUGUCCUGGUGGAGGAGAGCACUGAAAGGCGCGACAAUCGCGGAUUUGCACAAUACCUGGGCGUUUGGAAGCAGCAUUGCGUCUGUUGUGUUGAACGUCAAGUAUUUCAACAUCGCCGCUCUUGCAGCCAUCGUCACCAAGCUUACCAUCAUUGACGGUAUCCUCUUCCAACGCUCCACCAGCACGUACCUCAAACUAGGACCUGAACACCCGGUCAACAUCACGACGUUUCCCACGCCGCAGUUGCCAGUUACUGCCAUGCUGAACGCUGCGGCGAACGACACGAGGAUCUUGAACUAUGCGUUCACCGGUGAUAUUAUCAGUUGGGCUAACUCUGCUUAUGCCCAGCCCUACCAACCCAAUGGAUUCACCGAGUGCGACGGCAUCUGCAACCUUACUGUCCUUGCCCCUGGGUAUAUCGCUACAUGUCUCGACGACCAUGUUCAGACGCAACGUGUGGAUCUGAUCGGCGAAGCUGCGGCACACGUUGGCCCCAACAAGACCCAUGCCACUGUCGAAACCGAAGUCUUCAGCCUCAGUUUCAACACCACCUUUCCCACGGCAGCGAAGAAUUAUACUUGGAUCGGCCUCAACUUGACGUAUUAUUAUGAAGACGACGAGGCGACGAAGACCCCGUCACAGAUGUGCCCGGUCAAGAUCAAAACAAAGCAGUGCGAGCUGAGAGAGGCGAUGCUAAAGUAUCCCCUCUACCUGGAGUUGGCCAACAGCACCACUUCGGAAGCGAACGACACGACUUCACAGACAAAUGUGUAUUUCGGGACCAUUGACCCGGAUUUUGGAACGCUGAUUCCCGCGACCGAUUACUUCGAUUACAGCAAAGGCCAAAUCCCGGGAUUUGAGUUCCAGUGGUGGAUUUCGAAUGCUACAUCAUGGCGACCGACGAGCCUGGGCGAAACUCGUACGGGCGGGUUCACCCGCGCAUUGUCAGAUCGCUACAAAGCCACUGCAUCGUUAAUCACCAUGAGCGACGACAAGGACUACAACUGGUACCUCUCCACGACGGGGCAGUUUUCCGGCACGGAAGAAGAAUCCGACAGUACCCAGGGCUGCCCUUACACGUAUCCCGAUCCGAUGACGGACCUCAUGGUGGGCCUGAACACCCUGACCUUUCUCACGGCCGAAGAUCUCUGGAACCGACCGGGCUACGUGGAUACAGAGGUGGACUGGGACGUGUGGUCAAACGCCAGCAGGGUAUACGUCGAAGCCACUCAGCGCAAACCCCAGGUGUAUUACCAGACCAAAUACGGGUGGAUGUUCGGUGCCCUGGCCUCGACACUCGUCUGUGUCCUGCUCGUCCUGCCAUCGUACUGGGGAUUCUGGGAGCUGGGCCGCAAGGUGACGCUGAACCCCAUCGAGGUGGCCAACGCGUUCCAGGCGCCAGCCUUCGCCCCAGCACACCCCCGGAGCGGGCUGGCGGAUGAUAUCGUCAAGGUGACGGGAGAACGGGUGGUGAGGUAUACGGUUGCUGAGGCGUCAGAUCGUGGGGGAACUUAUAGGAUCGUUCCUCUUUGA